UAUGGCAACCAAAUACAGAAACCGCAAACAAUUGUCCAUCCCAUGUUUUUAUUUUCUUACUGUAAGACCUAGCUAACAGUAACGUUAGCUAGUUAGCUUUCUAUAUUUGUUUAGCUUUUCAUAUUACAUGUUCAUUUUAUUUUAAUCGACAAUGGGGAGGGAUUAUUAUGCAGCAUUGGAGAUAAAUAGAAAUGCAACAGAUGCAGACAUAAAAAAAUCAUACCGACGACUUGCCUUGAAGUACCAUCCUCACACAAACAGCAAACCGGGUGCCUAUGAAAAAUUCAAUCAACUUGCCGAGGCCUAUGAUGUUUUGAGUGACCCUCGAAAAAAGGCAACCUAUGACAAGUUUGGAGAAGAGGGUCUGAAAGGAGGUAUCCCACUUCAGUCUGGGGAGACUGGAGCUUGGACAUCAGGAUACAUCUACCAUGGAAACCCAGACAAGAUAUUCAGGCAGUUUUUUGGAGGUGACAACCCAUUCGCAGACUUCCACAUGAAAGAUGGGAAUGAAGUGGCCAUUGGGUUUGGAGGCCUGCGAGGAAGAGGAGUGAAAACACAAGACUCCCCCAUUGAAAGGGACCUUUACUUGGCCUUGGAAGACCUCUUCUAUGGAUGUACCAAAAAGAUCAAAAUAUCUCGUAGGGUCAUGAAUGAAGAUGGACACACAUCCAGUAUCAAGGACAAAAUAUUGACUAUCAUUGUAAAACCAGGAUGGAAUGAAGACACUAGGAUAACAUUCCCAAAGGAGGGUGAUCAGGGACCCAACAGUAUUCCUGCAGAUAUUGUGUUCAUUGUGCGGCAGAAGAGUCAUCCCCGGUUUGCAAGGCAACACAAUGACCUGGUCUUUACGGCCCAGAUCUCUCUGGAGAAGGCUUUGACUGGAUUCGCUGUUGAAGUGAAGACACUAGAUGACAGGAUACUCAGUAUCCCCAUCAAUGACAUUGUGCAGAGAUUGGUGGGCGGAGUAGGGUCGUCAGUGCUGAUGGGGCACACCUGUGAAAGCUCAGCUGUGGCAUAAAGCAACUACUUCCCCAGUCAGUAAGAGAUUCCUCUCUCCAUGCAUAGUGUUGGUUGUUUUGUUGUGGCUUUGGCAGUUGAUGUGUAAUUUACUGACCUUCAUAUCUCAUCUGAUUAUUGUUGUGAGUGUUCACUUUAGUUAUGGAAUAAAUUAAUUUUGUUAUUCCUUUA